UUAAUAUUGUCAUUUGAAAAUGGUGUCAGUGGUGUCAUCAAAUUAUUCUGUUUCAUUAAUUUUUGAUAAUUUCAAAUAAUUUAAAGAGCUAUAUUAGUUCAGUUUAAGGCUCUAAACUCGCUAACUAAUACACCAUUUGACCUUAUCGAUUUGUGAUCUAGUUAUUGAAAACAUUGAACAUGAAGUACUCAACUUCUCCACCGCCUACUCCUAGUUUGAUUAACUACCCCAGGAGUACUUCUCCACUACCAGCUCCUGCCAACUACCAAGCCACGACCGCUAGCGCCGCCGUCAAACGGUACAAAUACCUCCGGAGACUCUUCAAAUUCAAUCAAAUGGACUUUGAAUUCGCAGCCUGGCAAAUGGUAUAUUUGUUUGUUGCCCCACAGAAAGUGUUUAGGAAUUUUAACUAUAGGAAGCACACAAAAUCACAGUUUGCACGAGACGAUCCAGCAUUUUUAGUUCUACUUAGUGUAUGGCUAUUUUUAUCAUCAAUAUGUUUCGCGGUAGCCAUGGGGCUGAGCUGGAGUCGCGUGGUCGGGUUUGUGCUGUUUGUGGUCUUUGUGGACUUCAUAGGAGCCGGCAUCCUGGUGUCCACAAUCUUCUGGUACUUGUGCAACAAGUACCUGAGACGGGACCAGGACCUGCCGGACGUGGAGUGGGGAUACGCGUUCGACGUCCACAUCAACGCCUUCUUCCCGCCACUGUCGCUGCUGCACUGCUUCCAGAUUGUUCUGUUUAACAAUCUACUGAUCCACGGCGGUUUCCUUUCAUGCCUGGUCUCUAACACAUUCUGGCUGGCAUCCAUCAUAUACUAUUUGUACAUAACCUUCCUUGGAUAUAGCAAUCUGCCAAUGAUCCAAAACGCUCGAGUGUUCCUUCUGCCACUGCCGAUCCUUGUGGUUGUGUACCUCGGCACCGUGCUGGCUGGAUGGAACCUCAGUAUGAUGCUGAUCAACUUCUACCAUUACAGAUUACUAUAGUCAAAACGAUAUUUCAUAACAAAGACCUCCUCACAAUGGAUAAAAUGCAAACUAUCAAAAUCAUUUAUUCAGAAAUUAUGCCUUCACAGGCACUUUUUCACGUCAUAUUCUAAAUUAAAUUAUAUUUACCAAAGCUACGAACUACUCUUCGUAGAUGGCGACACAGGCGCAUACGGAAAACAAACGAAUGUCAUUUGUUAUGUUUUGACAGACUUGUCAUAGUCAAAAAAUACUCAAUUUCAAAGUCAAUUUUCGGCGAACGAUAAAGCCAUAAAAAAAGACUUCAACGUUUAUCCACAAGGAAAGGCUCAUACAGCCAUAAUCAGGAUCUAGUACAUGUAUAAUUUCAAGGAUAAAGAUAACUAAUAGGCACGAUGCACGAUGAGCGACAAAAGAUAUAACCGCUCUGUUCAGUUUUUCUCGAUACGCGUUCCUUGUAUGAGCGACGAAUGUAUGACGUGACGGUGUCUAUACUAUCUACUACGGAUUAUUCGAUUGCCUAAAGAUAAGAGAGGAGGUGUCUUAAAAUAUUAUUUUUUUACAAACUGGCGAAAUAGUAAUAGGAAAGUAUUAGAGAUUGGUUUAUCAAAAUGUCUUGAGAAGUUUAAUUCAUACUUACUUUUGAAAUAGUAACAUACAUUUAUAUAUUUUCUUAUGUCUGAAUAAUUAAUAUACUGUUGUAAAUACAUAAUAUAGGAACGUAAAAGUGAUUUUAAUAAAGGUUAUCUGAUAUAUGAUGUCAAAAUUGUUGAAAAAAAAAACACACUGUAUAAAUAAAACUAUUGUAAUUAUCUAAAAGAAUUGUUUAAUUCAAUUAUGAGAUAAUCAGUAUACCUAAGUCUAUUGUACAUAAAUUUGUUUUAUAUUAAAAUUAUUAAUUAAAGGA